AUGAGUGAUGUCAAGCUUACUGUCUUGGGUGGUAAAGGCACAGGGAAAUCAGCACUUACUGUAAGAUUUCUUACCAAGAGGUUCAUUGGAGAAUAUGCUUCGAAUCUUGAAUCUAUCUACAGUAAGCAGUUGUAUUUGGAAGGGAAAGCAUUGAAUCUGGAAAUAUAUGACCCAUGUUUUCAACCGCAGAAGACAAAGUGCUCCCUCACAAGUGAGCUGCACUGGGCAGACGGGUUUGUGAUUGUGUAUGACAUCAGCGACAGGCCUUCCUUUGCUUUUGCAAAAGCCCUUCUCUGCAGAAUCCGGGAGCCACCGACUACUCAUUGUAAAAGGAUGGUGGAACCAGCUGUGGUUUUAGUUGGCAACAAGCAAGACCUCUGCCACAUGCGAGAGGUUGGCUGGGAAGAAGGGCAUAAGCUAGCAAUAGAUUUCCACUGCCAAUUCUUUGAACUGUCUGCAGCAGAGCAGUACUUGGAGGUGGAGGUGAUGUUUCUCAGACUCAUCAAGGACAUUCUAAUGAUCUUCAAACACAAGGAGAAGAGGAGAUCCAGUGGCUCUAAAUCAAUGGCCAAACUGAUCAAUAAUGUAUUUGGAAAGAGAAGAAAAUCUGUUUAG